GACAGAGACACAGUGGAAAACCUCUUGUCAACUUUCUUUCUGACCCUCAGAGCAUCAGCAUUUUAACAGAUCUCCACUGACUCCCCUCCAUACUGGGCUUUCUGUCUUUUUUUUUUCUUUUUUUUUUUCCAGAUCACUGUGUCGAUGGCAGUCAUUCUUCUGAAUAUCUGAUUUUCAGGAACCAAAAUCUUGGCAUCAUCACCGCCACUCUCUGUAUUGUAUUCUGGCAAGCGUUACGCAUGGACACUGCCAGGGCGCACACUUCUCAUUGAGAAACUUUUUUUCUUAAUUUUUAUUUUUUUCUACGACACAAAGUUAAGAUUUUUCUUUCUUUUCUCUCUUUUUUUUUUUUGACAUAUUAGUAUUCCUUUUUUCCCCCGAGGAUGCUCGUCUCUACUUGGAAUAGAUGUUGUGCUGUGAUGUUUCUCGUCGCUACACUGAGGACAGGGACAUCACAGGUAUCAGAGGCGCGCCCGAAGGCGAACUCCAUCAAGCCUGCUCUGCUGGAAGAGACGCCGACACCGGCUACCAACCGCUCUGCUGCUGUCACCAAGAAACACAACAUCCUUGUGCAGCAGGUGUAUCCAUGCAGCAAUGAUAAGGAGUGCAGCGUGGGCAGCUACUGCCACAGCCCUCAGCAGGCUCCGUCUCGCUGCCUCACCUGCCGCAGGAGGAAGAAGCGCUGCCAUCGAGAUGCCAUGUGCUGCCCUGGGAACCGCUGCAGCAACUAUAUUUGUGUCCCAAUCUCCGAGAGCGUCCUGUCACCGCACAUCUCAGCGUUAGACGAACACAACAAGCUCUCCAACAAAGACCACAGUUGGAGGAAGGGUGGGAAAGCACAUGCAAAGCAUUCUCUUAAAGGGCAUGAGGGUGACCCUUGCCUUCGCUCAUCUGACUGCUCAGAGGGCUACUGCUGCGCCCGCCACUUCUGGACCAAAAUUUGCAAACCGGUGCUGCGGCAGGGAGAGGUGUGCACCAAGCAGAGGAAGAAAGGCUCUCACGGCUUGGAAAUCUUCCAGCGCUGUGACUGUGCCAAAGGCCUCUCCUGCAAGGUGUGGAAAGACGCCACCUCCUCGUCCAAGUCCAGGCUCCACAUGUGCCAGAAGAUCUGAAGCUGAGGCAGCUGCUGUCGGCGUAGAGGCCUCUGUCUCCAUCUGCCAGGGAAAGUUUUUUAAAGGAUGGGUUGUGGCUGUAUUGAAAGGAGUAAAAGACAGAGACUAACAAGAGACAGAACAGACUGUGUGGGUUCAAGCUCGCUAUUCGGCAAGCGGAGAGCAAAUGGGAAUGCUUUAAUGUGUUUGCUGUGAGUGGUCGAUCCCUGCACCCACAUAAAAAACACGCAUCCUCUCACACACAUUCACGUACCACACAAGCGCACACACACACACACACACACACACACACACACACACCUCACGACUUUGAGAGAUCAAUGAGCUUGUGCUGUGUUUGUUCACAAACCCAACAAACCUUUUUACACAUUAUUACAACAUUCAGGGAGCCACAAAGUUAGCCAGCAGAUGCUGUGAUAGGUGUGGACUUUUUCUAGAUGGAGGCAACACACGUAGCAGUCUUUCAUCAAGCUACAGCUUAUAACAUUACGACAGAUAGACUAUUUACAGACAAGCCAUAUUUUUACCAAAUAGUACAUUCCUUAACGAUCUCUGAAGUCAAUUAGUUUAAAAGAUCUGACGUGUAAUGUGCUGUGUUUAAUUUCUGGAUCUUUUUUCCAUUUUAUGCCAUCAAUUUUUCUCACAAUGUCUCACUCCAUGUUGCUUAUGUAAAGUCUUGAAGAAUUCUGCUAUUGCUAUGCAAAACAUUUACAACCAGUAACAAUGCGCAUACACAUCAUAUUAAAUGAAGAACUGAUUGCACACACUGUUUAUUUACUCAUAUGCGACGCCAAAUACUCCUAAACCAAAGAAUGAACAAACACUUACAUUGGAUUGAUGAGUUUCAUCUGGGGAAUUAACUCCUUGCCCUAUUUUUAGCCACAAGAAGAGAGAUAAAGCACUGUGUUCACUGUGGAAACUUUGUUUGAUCUGUCACAUACAGCUGUAAUCGAUUGUGAUACAACUGUGUGGGUUAAAACAGUUUGCACCGAGGUAGUCCUCUGCUGCAGGCUUAGCGGUUCUUCCGAUACCAGAGCGCGAACCAGACUGGUUCUGCUUUUCCAAUCACAUGAACGGGAUUCAAGGAUAUGAUGGAAUUGCAAUUUUUUUCCGUUUACGAAGCCAAUAUGAAUGGGGAUGUGAGAAGAUUGAUUAAGGUUACAAAAAUGCUCCAUAAGCCUGGUGUUUUCAGGGAGAAUUGCAGUUCGAAUCAACGUUUUCUUUGAUGGCACGCAGCCCUGUUUAUUUCUCUGUUUUUCAAAUAUGCCUGCAUACUUUCUUCUCAUGAAAUAUUGCAGAGCUUUAUGUCGUACUGGACGUGAAGUGUCAGGCCUUUAACAACCACUCAUUACAAACAAAGUCAAUACAAUAUCACAUUUGCCUCCUUUUGCUUUAAUACAUUUUUUUUUUAACAGCAUCAAGUGCGUAUAUUUUGUAACCAUUUAAAAUAUCAAUAAGCUCUUAUAUUGUAAAUAGACUGGAAGCAAUGAAAAUGUAUUUAAGAAUCAAUGUAUAUCAUGUACAUAUAAUAACAUAUGAAUCCUAAACAUUGCAGCAAAAUGAUCUAGGUGAGAAGAGUUAACGGUGGAUGAAACGAGCACAGUUGGAUAGAUUGAAAAUGGUAAAAUCUGUGUGUAUAGAUAAGAGGGGAAAAGACAUAGAUAGCUUUGAUAGCUGUGACUGAUAUUCCAAACUGAAUGCAUCGGAAAAAAAAAAAAAGAUAGUUCCUAAAAGAGAUGACAUUAGUUUCCAAAGUACUUUGUGUAAAUGGUGUGUAAAUGGUGUGAAGAUUUAUAUCCCACUAAAUAUUGUUUGUGUGAAUACUUUGCAAUGAUUUGUUUUGUGUAUUUACAAUGAUGAAUGAAUAAAAGAAUGUAUUUUGUAUCACUGGUCA